AUUGCGUUAAGGAUGUUAGCAAAUCCCAGUUUUAUAGACAACAACGCAGUGGAAAAGUAGGAAAUGCAUUCACAUUUAUGAGCUCUUUAUCUGCAUGUGCGACAGUGACCCACGGACUGCCGCGGCUUCAAGUUAUGUUUUUGCUUUCGAUCACUGUGCUGAAUUUGUUCCUCUUACUUUAUAUUGCUUUACCUAUCGUUCUCGGAAGGUUUCCCAAAGUUUACCACUCGUUUAUUUUUAAACCAAGGGAUCGAUGGGGUCAUAAAGAAGAACAUUUUUCUUGUUUUGAGAGCUUACGACUAUCAUCGCUUUCGGCCCGAAAUUUCUACUUGGAAACAGCUGAUACACAUGACAGAAUAGGAGUAUGGCAUAUCUUACCCUACGAAAACCAAGUCGAUUCAAAUACGGCGCCUCCCUCUUGUGCCACAUUCGAGAAGGCCUUAAUGAACGGCAGUCCUAUUUUCAUUUACUUCCAUGGGAACACGAAGACGCGAGCAGUGCCUUGGCGCAUCGACAUAUACAAACUGCUCUCUUCUCUCGGCUACAACGUUAUUGCCUUCGAUUACCGAGGUUACGGCGAUUCAUCAGGCAAGAUGACCGGCGAGCGCGACUGUGUGCACGACUCGCUUGCCGUGCUAAAGUAUGUGUACGAACGAUGUGGAUCAAGCCCGGUUUUCUUCUGGGGACAUUCUCUUGGCACCGGUGUCGUCGGUUCUCUGGUUCAGUUUUUACUCCAUGAAGCUGACCGAAGCUCUCCCAAUUUCCAUCUUCCUCGAGGCCUCAUUCUUGACGCGCCUUUCACAAACAUUGCUCAAGUGAUGAUGUCGCGGAGGCCAUUUUGGAUCCAUCGAUUGCUGCCUCCCAUUAAUAAACGGAUGACCCUGCUCACCUCCAGCUUGCGAGUGGAAUUCAACACUGUGGACAACCUCUCCGGUUGCCCCGUGCCAAUUUUGAUCCUGCAUGCCAAGGAUGAUCGUCUUGUUCCUUUUCGCCUCGGUGAACAGCUUGCCGCAUCACUGAAAAAGCUAUCAUCCGUGACAUUUGUUCCUUUUGAAACUGUCCGACAUCUUGGACACAAUUUCAUUCACACCGCACCAGAAAUGCCGAACAUUAUUCGACGUUUUGUCCAAGAAUCAAUCACUGGUGUUUCUAACAACUGACGCUCCGAUGCCCAAUUCCGUGACUGUGAUAACUCAGUGACACCAAAUAAGAUCAUCGUCAACCUCUUCGUUGGACUAUUUGUGAUACGUUCUCUCUAACAUCCCCUGUGCUAUUUCAUAUCAACCGGAUAGCAACUUGGGAACAAAUGAUCUUUUAAUUUUUUACUCAUUGUGUUACUGAAUACAUCAUUUCGUCCACA